UCUGAUCUUAAUACAAAAUAUGUCUCUAAAAGCAUAUGAAUAUGAUUGCACUGCUAAGUGCCAUCUGCAUCAUCAUGGAAACACCAUAACAGCGGCACUUACAAAACGCUCAAUAAAUGAUAACAAAUUAGCAACUUUUCUGGCCAGAACUUGCUGUAAUUUCUGCAACAUAUUGGAUGACCUGGGGCGAUCUGCCGUACAUAUGUCUGCGUCCGUAGGACGGUAUUUAAUACUGGAAUGGCUGAUAAACCAAGGCGCAUUUAUUAACGGAAAAGACUUCGAAUCUGGCAGCAGUCCGCUACACAGAGCCCUUUAUUACGGGUCUAUUGACUGUGCGGUGUUAUUGAUGCGGUACGGUGCUAGUCUAGAGCUUUUGGACGAGGACACACGGUGCCCCUUGCAAGCAAUCUGUCGCAAAAGUGAUGUUGAUUUCACCACCGAUUCACAAAAUGAAGCGCUAGUAUGGGGAUCCAAUAAGAAUUAUAACAUAGGUAUUGGCAACGACCAAAACACACACGCACCGCAGGCGGUGGAUUUCUUUCGCAAAGCCAAGAUUUGGAUAGAAAAAAUUGCGCUAGGCGCAUAUCACAGUCUAUUUUUGGACAAGAAAGGCCACCUGUAUGCAGUAGGGCACGGCAAAGGUGGCCGGCUGGGCAUUGGCAUGGAGAACAGCUUACUAGCUCCAAAGCGCGUGCGAGUGCCAUUAAAAAAUAGUGAUGAACGCAUAAUUUGCAUAAGUGCAUCCCGUCAACAUUCGUUGUUGCUCACUAGCCACUCAAUAGUAUUCGCCUGUGGAGUAAAUACUGAUCACCAGCUAGGAGUACGCGAUGCCGGUGAAAACUUAACACAAUUUAAGGAAGUUGUCGCCUUGCGAGACAAAGGCGUAACAAGUCUACUGAGCGUGAUAGCCUGCGACCAACAUUCUAUUGCCUACAGUACAAAAAGUAUUUACGUUUGGGGCGCCAACCAUGGACAAUUCGGCAUCAGCCCAAAUACUAAAACAGUUUCGAUUCCAACAUUAAUGAAAAUACCCGACCGCAUGACAAUACGAUUUGUGGAAGCCAAUAACUCAGCUACAGUAGUGUAUGUAGAAACAAAACUCAUUAUCUUGUUCUACAAUGAUAAAUCUCGUACAAUAAAAACACCAAAUUAUGAAGGCCUGAAAAGUAUAUCAAUAGCGGGCGGUAACAUAAAAAGUUGUACGAAGGGAUCCGCCGCUGCUCUGAAGCUUAUGAUGCUAACAGAAACAAAUGUGUUGUUUUUGUGGUAUGAACAGACACAGCUUUUUUACAGGUGUAAUUUUUCGCCAAUACGAUUGCCUGAAAUCAACAAAAUCCUGUUCAAGUCCAACCAGUUGCUGGUAUUAUCCCAAGACGGCUGCGUGUAUCGAGGCAAAAGCAGUCAAAUAGCAUUAUCAUCCGAUUUAAAUGAAAUGUCAAAGCCCAACAGGGAUGUCUGGCAAAAUAAUGAUCAGAAUCGCACAGAACUAUCACGGGACCAUAUGAUACGGAUCGAGUUACAUCGUGUACCUAAUAUAGAUCGCGCCGUAGAUAUAUUUUGUGAUGAAGGCUUUGCUUCAUUUGCUGUAUUACAAGAGGCUAAUAUGAAGUAUUUUCGCAAGCCAAAAUUACCACACAAAGAGCUUAAUUUCAAGAAGCUCUACCAUGAUACCAGUGAUUCGGAUUCAGUGCAUGAUGUUGUUUUUCAUGUCGAUGGGGAAAGUUUUGCAGCGCAUAAGUUUAUCAUCUAUGCUUUUUCACCAGGAUUGCGAGAACUCAUUAAGUCAUACUUGAAUAAGGACAUUUAUUUAAAUAUCGAGCAUUUAACAUGCAAAAUGUUUGAGCUCAUGUUGAAGUACAUCUACACCUACUAUUUCCCAACAGAGGAGGAUAUUGACAUUUUAAUGCUGAGUUUGGGCCCCAAAAAUCCCCAAAAUCGCAUUGCAGCUUGCCAAAUGUUUUAUGAGCAACUCAACAAUUUCCAAUUAUCUGAUUUGGCUAAAUAUGUGCAUUGCUACAUCAAGGAAAUGGUAUUUAGACCAUUUCCCCGGAUUCGCUUUAAUCGGUUGCGACGCACAGAUUUCCCCGAGCUAUAUGAUUUGCGAAUCAAAUGCGAAGGUGGAGAUAUCCUCGAGGCACACAAAUGCAUUUUGGUCGCUCGCUUGGAAUAUUUUGAAAUGAUGUUUAUGCACUCGUGGGCCGAGCGCACGACUGUUGAUUUUUCAGCUGUACCCAAAGAGUAUAUGGAGCCCAUUUUGGACUAUCUAUAUAGUGCGGAUAUCGAAAGUUUUUGCAAGCAGAAUUACACGGAAACAUUUCUGUACAACAUGACUACCAUUUGCGAUCAGUACUUCAUAGAAUCAUUGCAAUAUGUAUGCGAAUCUCUCAUACUUGAUAAGAUAAGCAUACGCAAAUGUGGCGAAAUGCUUGACUUUGCUGCAAUGUACAAUUGCAAAUUGUUAAAACAAGGCUGUUUGGAUUUCAUAUGUCAAAAUUUGGCUCGAGUGUUAUGCUAUCGUAGCAUUGAACAGUGCGAGUCGAGCACAUUGAAAUGCCUAAAUGAUCACUAUCGCCAGAUGUUUCAUAAAGUGUUUGACUAUCGACAUAUUACACCCUUUUCAGAAGCUAUUGAAGAUGAAUUAUUGCUUAGUUUUGUGGAUGGUCAUGAGGUAGAUUUGGACUACCGAAUAGAUCAGGAGAGUAUUUCAAAAGAGGCAGGCACGCAUAAACAUAAGGAGCUUAAACAAAAGCUCGGCUCGCGUCAUUAUGAGCAACAAGCUAUAUCUAGUAUGAUGAAGUCCUUGAGCUUUGCCGUAAAUACUGCUCAACAAGAUUUAGGAGAUCCUGCCCAAACUUGUUCACUCAAUGACUCCAAGAACUGGUCACGCGUUAUAGACAAAAAGGAGAUGAAACGCAAGUUAGCUGAAACCGCAUUGAAACUGAACAAUACUUUACAACAAGAGGAACAACCAGCCCCAAACUUUGUAGUAAUGUCAGACAAGACUCCCAUCAAAGAGACCACCCCUACUUCAAUUGAAUUGUUCGAAAAAAAUACAUCUAUGGAACCAUCGACGCCAUUAAGCAAGGGCUAUGAUCUCGAUCUCACUUCUCUGACACCUCAAACCCAAAAGCUCUCACAAAAACAACGCAAACGUCUGUCAUCGGAGACAAAGAGUGGUACGUCGACAAGUUGGCGUGCUGAGCCAGCUCUGGUAGAACAGCCCACGACUCCGGUUGCUGUGCCUAAUGCCUGGGGCAUACCAACGUCACCAUCAAAUUCGUUUACGGAACCCUUCCACUCACCUCCAACCGGCAGCAUUGGCGAUCCUGGCUCAUUUGCUAAUAUGAUGCGUAGCUCACUGCCAACAAGCCAAGUAUCGCCGGCUACCACAGAGUGUAGCAACAGUUUCUCCAAAAUUCUUGCCGAUGAGCGCAAACAGCGAAGCUCCUACGAGCGCAUGCGGAAUAAAUCCCUGGCGCAUACACAAAUCGAGGAGACUGCCAUAGCUGAGCUGCGCGAAUUUUACAAUGUGGACAAUAUUGACGAUGAGACAAUUACCAUACAACGUAAAUCUAUGCCCAGAAGCAUUAACUUUAGUACUUGGCUGAAUCAUUAAACUUGAACUGGAUCAGGGGAGGCUGCUAAAUAAUUAUAAUAAGACGUAUGUAUUGUUUUUAAUUUUAUAAUUGACAUAUGCAUGAAUUUUAUAUAGUUGUGUAAAUCCCGUCAAUAAGAACGCUUCAUCGAUGAUAUUAUAUGUAGAACUCUGAGCCACCUGAAAAUGUGCAUAGAUUUACUAAGCAAAUUCAACUAUAAAUAAGGGACAACACAUAUCAUUACUACUAUGUUUAUGGCAAAUGAUAGUCUCUUAUAUAUGUAAUAUGUAACUACAUACAUACAUAUGCAACAACUUUAUUAUAAAUAUGUAUUUACAGAAUACGAGCAUGUGCAAACGCUUUGUAUAAAUACUUACACACAACUGGACAAA